UAGACUUGCGUCAAACCCCUGGAAUAUCUACUUGUCUCACAAGGGGUUGUAGCUAGACUAAACUACGAAAUAAGGCACAUCGACUUUUGAAACAGAAUUAUUGCUACCGGAGGCUAGUACACCUUUUAAAAAAAAACAAGCGUUAGUAAGAGGUAAGAGUCUAGCAGCACCCAGUUGAGGAAAAUGCGUGUAGGAAAGAAUGGGAGCAAUGCGUUUUUUGCUGCGACUAUCAUAGUAAUUUUGAUAGGGGUGAGAUUCUGGAUAAACAUAAAUGAUGGAGGCUUAAAAAGUCAACAUGGAGAUGAGAUACAGAAAAUUACGAACGAACAUGCAAUUGAGAUCCAAAAGAUAACAAACCACCAUACAGAGGAGAUCCAGAAGAUGAAGAAGAUGUUAGAAAAAAUUGUUGAUGAAAAAAAUAUUGAUGAGCCAAAGAACAAGAGUUUAGCAAUAUACCAUAAAGAGAAGCACGAACUUCAUUUGGAAAAUCCUGGUACAAAGGUCAAUACAAGAAUAGCAUUUCCAGGAAUAUAUAGUAUUGAUUGCAUAGAUGUGAAUGAGUUUGAUUUAUUUCUCAAACCACCUUUUCCAGUUUGUUUGCAUCCCGUUGAAGAUGACAAGUUUAUAUCAGGUUCCAUCAAGAAUCGUGUCUAUCACGAGAUACAAUCGGUAACAAAUGUUCUUCGAUUUCUUAAAGACAAUCCAAAGUGGAACUUUAUUGAUAUUGGGUGUAACAUCGGUGCCUUUUCUAUACCUGUUUUGAAAAUGGGUCGUAAGGUUGUUGCCGUCGAGGCUUUGCAGAAGAACAUAAUGGUUUUCAAAAAGAGUAUACAACUAGGCAACUGGCAUGAUAACGUUACACUAAUUCAUAAUGCCGUAUAUGACAAACGAACGACUGUUACAUUCAAGUUUAAAAAGGAGAAUAUAGCAGGAACACAUAUUGUGGAGAACGCUACUGCUAAAAACAGAGUGACUGAUGAACUCGUUGAAUCAAUAAUUAUUGACGACCUUUUACAUUAUGUUAACUUCAAAGAUGCGGU